AAUCUCUUAUGUAAUUCAAUUAGAAAUACCAGUAGGUAAUUACCUAUAAUUUCUUGUUGAUUAUCAGCGGUCAAAAGGUCACGACAUCUAGUUUACAUUUCACAACGUUCUGGAGCUGAAAUUGGAACUGUAAAUAUCCCGGUGAUUUGCAAUUUAUUUAGUAAAUUCUAUCUCAACCGGUCCUAUACAUACAUACUAAAUAUGCCGCAUUUAAGAAUCGAAACGAAUGUAUCCAAAAGUAAAAUACCUGAAGACUUCGUUUCUAAAGCAAUUCCAAUUUUAGCAAAUAGUCUUGGGAAACCUGCUCAAUUUUGUGUGGUCUCAAUUAUUCCCGAUGUUCAAAUGUGUUUUGGUGGUUCCAAUGCUCCAUGUGCCACAGCAAGUUUAAUGUCAAUCGGGGCUCUUGGUCUGAAUGAAAACAAAAAACAUUCAAAAGUUUUGUUUGAAUUGGUUGAAAAAGAGCUGGGUAUUCCUAAAGACAGAAUGUAUAUAACAUACCAAAAUGAACCAUCCUCCAAUGUCGGUUUCAAGGGAACAACAUUCCAUGAUAUUAUUGGAUGAUUUCUAGCAUCACUCUUAUAUAUCUACUGAAAUCUUUCAAUUGGAAAUAUUAAUACCGUUUCACUUAAAUGUGAAUGUUCAGGCUUAAUAAUGUAUAUUAUUUAUUAAAAAAAAAAAAAAAACACAAAUUUCAAUCAAUAUCUUGACUAUAACAUUUAUAAUUAAAAAAAAUAAUUUUAAAGCA